CGCUGCUGAGAAACGUUGUGUCGUGUUUGGGGUUCAGUUACGGUGAGGCGAGAGUAGGAACUGGGUGUGAACAAUUUAGUGAAUAACAGUGAUCGUUGAAGUAUGUGCGAUGGAAAUACUUUUUAAAUAAUUGCGGUUAGUUUAGUUAUAUUGUUUUCGUUGCUAUUGUUCUUGAACUAAAAGUAAUGGACAUGUCGGUUAUGCAGAUGCAGCAAGCCAAACGGCAACAUUGCUAUUUGUGCGAUUUACCUCGUAUGCCGUGGGCUAUGGUUCACGACUUUUCUGAAGCGGUUUGUCGUGGUUGUGUUAAUUACGAAGGGGCCGAUCGAAUUGAAAUCGUGUUGGAAAAUGCCAGACAAAUGAAACGAGCUCAUGGAUUUCAGGAGCAGAGAGCAAAUCAUAGCUCUAAGAGUCACCGCUCGGCUGGACACGAUCACCAAAAUGGCGACGUGGUGACAGCAAGCGGUCGACAACAAACAGCCGCUACCCACCAUUCGAAUACAUUUAGCCUUCAUCAUGGCCGAACUGGAAUGUUGGCGGAAUAUCAAGCUGCUCAACCUGCUCCUCCGCCAAGAGGCUCCGGCUCCAUGAAUCGUCAGCUACAGGAAGCAACCGCCGAUCACGAAGCUAUGGUUGGGCGAGCAACGGUUAGACUGCCAGCUGCAGCGCAUCUAGCUGUUGCUGCACAUCAUCCUCUUCAACAUCAUCACACGGCGAACGGAAGACCUACUUCCAUACCUCAGCAAAGCUUGAAACGCGGUUUGUCAGGCAAUGACGACGACGAUCACCAUGGGCAUCAUGCUAACGGUGAUCUUAACGGAGCAAAGCGUAUGAUGUCGGUUGAAGAACACAAUAACAGUGUUAGACCACCUCUUACGAGGGGAGAUUCUUUACCUGCAGUCUCUUUGGCUCAGCCGUUCGCUGUAGCUGCAGAGAGACAAUUCAAGCAAGAGAAGCAUCCUGUGAGAACUCCUUCUUUUGAUACUGCUACCGCUUUUAAACCCAAUGGUUAUAUAACUCCAGUUUCAGUAGCUGGUGGAACAGCUGCAGCAGCCAAUUCUCCUUUAAAUAAUAGAACUGCUUCUCCUCAAGAUGGCAGUACAGCUGCCAGUUCGCAGCCAAAUCAACAAAAUUCAGGAUCUGGUCAAAGUCCAAUGGCUGCUUUGAUGUCUGUUGCUGAUAAUUUACCUCCAGGUAGUCCAAGGUCAACUGGAGGAAGUCCCCCUGGAAAUGCAGUGCCCAGAUCAGCAUCAAGAGGCUCCCAGCAUUCUCCCAAUUCCACAGCGGGUUCUAGUGGACGACGGUCAUCGGGUUCGAGACAUGUGUCGUCCACAACAGUUACUUCAACAGAAGGUGGUGCUGCAACAAUGGGAGCACCUGGAGAAAUAGUACCAACAACUAAUGAGACACUUGCCCCUAGUGCACCACCCACAGCAACAUUAAAAUGUACUCUGUGUCAGGAACGGCUUGAGGACACCCAUUUUGUACAAUGUCCUUCUGUUCCUCAUCACAAAUUUUGUUUCCCUUGCAGUCGAGAUAGCAUUAAGAGACAAGGAGCAGGCUCAGAGGUUUACUGCCCGAGCGGCGAAAAAUGUCCUUUGGCAAACUCGAAUGUUCCAUGGGCUUUUAUGCAAGGAGAAAUUGCAACAAUAUUGGGGGAGGAAUAUAAAGUAAAAAAAGAAAGAGAAUCUUAAGAGAAUAAUCGAGAAGGCACUUCGUGCUGGUUAUUCCCUAUAAAGCCGAUGAAAUAUUGAUUGGAGGCAGUUUAAAUUUGUCGAUAACGCUGGCGAAAGUUGGUGAAGAUUAGUUGAAUUUUGAUUUGUCAGAUGGUGGUGCAGUUGAAAAGUCGAAAUGAAGAAGGCUGUGUCAUAGUUGUAAUCGGUAUCAAAUCGUUCGUAUUAUUUGCACAUCUUCAUUGGUCAAUUGGCGUUUUAAGCCAAAGUUUUCUGUACAUAUGAGUUCAGUACAAUUGUAAUACUUUGAUAAUAAUAUUAAUAAUAAUAUUGUAUUGACGUGCACGGUGAUUUCUUUCCAGUUCGGUCAUCUUGAACAUUGUAUCGUAUUUAAUCCUUAAUUUUAAAUUAUUUUUUGCACAAUUGCGUAUUGGAAUAACGUUGGCUUUUUUAUUUGAACACUUGUAGAUAUUUGUAAAUAUGAAUAAUACCUAAUAAUUGAAUCCAUGGGUGUUAUUAGGCUAUUUGAAGAAUAUUUAGAGGUACAUGUGUAGGGAUCUCUGAAUGUACUAUUUCUUUUAAAUAAAUUUGAUACGCACAACAAGUUUGUAACUAAUAGACUCGAUAGAUAAUUGUUUUUACCAGCUAGUUGUCAGUAUGAAAUUUAUUUUGCAUGUAUCAGACAACACAAUAAUAACAUUUUGUUUAUAGGAUUUAUCGGAGCCUAAUGUAAAUAUUUUGUGAUCAUAUUUAGUGUAUUUUCGUUAUUUACGGUGCGUUCGAACAUGACGUUUUAUUGUAAUUUUUGAAAGUAACCUAGUCAUCAAUAUGAAGCAUAUACUUCAUAUUAGGAACUCCAACACUCGCUGGUAAAUUUUAAGAACAAUAAAUUCGCUAAAUAGCUCCUUGUAUAUCUACUACGGCAAUUAUCAGCCCCCACGGAAAAGUCUCCGUUUGUUAACAAUAAUCAUGAGAAUAGAUUGCUUUCAAAUUUAUACUUUUGUAGCUGAAUCGACAGCAUAACUAUUUAUUUCAAGGGAAGAUGAAUUCGGAAAAUUUUGUAGCUUUGUAUAAUAAACAUUUCAAGUACAUCUUAUUAAGCACGUCUUUAAGCAAAACUAUGCUCAUUUUUGUAAUGCAUGUAACGUGAGAGUCAUUUAAGAAACUUAUAUUUACACAAACUGCAUAUUUUUUGUACAGAAAAACAUAUUGUUUCUUUUUAGUUUUUUGUUAUAUUUAACAGGAGACUGAAUAAUAAUAAAACGUUGCUCUUAUUUUGAAAUUGUGAAGUGGAAUCUGUAUAGAGUGGGAGUAAUUUUGCUAAACAUCUGCCAUUUGAUAACAUUAUCAAAGCAGUUGUUUCUGCAAAAUUUUAUUUUCUGCGUGUAGUUAUCAAACAUGCAGUGGACUGAAAAGAAAGUAAAAAAUGUUGACUUAUAAGUAAUAAAAGUUUUAAAUUAUUGUUCUUGUAUAUAUUUGCAAAUACCUUGUUAGUCAUAUUUUGCCUGUAAUAUAAACAAAGAACAGAAAAAGAAUCAUCAAAUUUGGUUUAUUUGGUUAAGGUUAAUGUUAUUUAAGAGUAAUUUAUACUUAUUAGUAUGGCUUCCUUUUGGUAAACAGCUACAGAAAAAAUUGUUGAAGCAAUCAAUGUUACUGUUCAUUUAAAUUUCGUAAUAACACUGAACACCUGUAAUUAACAAAUUUUUGUGUUCUUGCAUGUUUUUUAACGGUGGACACAUUUUCCCCCGAGUAGUAUUGUUGCAAUGACUGAUGCGUUUUAUUUCACAUUUAUAUGUCACGAAACUGGAUUUAUGCGAAGUUUUAUCGAUUUUGUGAAUGACUAGUAGUUAACUUCCCAAAAAAGUUUUAUUAGCGUAGUUAUGUUUAUUAUAAAGCGAAAACUCUGCAUUUAUGAUACGAUAGCAGACGUUAAUAUGUAUUGACAAUGUCAGUUUUGUAAACAAUCGUAAUUGUUGAUCACAUUAAAAUAGCAUUGUCGGUGGUAUAUUUGUAGGAAAGCUUAAAUAGAAAAUAAAAAACCUUUUUAUACAUU